AUACUCUUCUUGCUUAUAAGUUAUCUACCCAUGCAUGUAUACGUGAUAAUUUUGGCCAGGAGCUGUUAAAAGAGCGGGCAUGGCAUGCUGUGGUUCACGAAACGUCAGGUUUCAGAACGACCUCGAGGUCCAGCAGUUGAAAGCAAUCUCCCUGGAGAGCCCGUCAACAACGAGCAAGAACCACAGCAAACUGCCUCACGAUCCAAGGAAAUGCAAGCUGGGCUCCCGGGUCUGCCCGGAGAGGCCGUGCAGAAGCCUGAGGGACAGGGUGCUGUCGCGCGCCUUCUCGGAGGAGCUGGAGUCGCUGAUGCACUCCGGCAGCCACAUCUUCUUCGACCCCCGCGGCCGGGUGAUCCACCUGUGGAACAAGAUCUUCCUCACGGCGUGCCUGCUCUCCCUCUUUGUCGACCCGCUGUUCCUCUACCUCACCGGAACCCAGCAGAACAUGUGCAUCGAGUUCAAGCACUCGCUGGCGCUCAUGCUCUCCGUCAUACGCUCGCUGCUGGACGUGUUCUACGCUGCCCACAUCUGCCUCCGCUUCCGGACGGCGUUCAUCGCGCCGUCUUCCCGGGUGUUUGGGAGAGGGGAGCUUGUGAUCCAGCCCUACAAGAUCGCCAUGAGGUACCUGUCACGGGCCUUCUGGUUUGAUCUCAUCACCGCGCUGCCUUUACCACAGUUCGUGAUCUGGAUCGUCGUGCCUAUGCUCAAGGAAUCCGCCACGGCAAACCGGAAGGAUAUCCUUCGCUUCAGCAUCAUCUUCCAGUACCUCCCGCGGCUCUUCCAGAUCUUCCCGCUCACGAGGCAGAUCGUCAUGGCGACCGGAGCCAUGACGGAGAACGCAUGGGCCAGCGCGGCGUAUAACCUCAUACUCUACAUGCUGGCAAGCCACGUGCUGGGAGCAUUGUGGUACCUCUUCUCGGUGCAGAGGCAGGAGGCGUGCUGGAGAGAGGCGUGCAAUCUGGAGGGGCCCAUGUGUCGGACUGAGUUCUUCGAUUGCAAUACUGUGAGCAGCAACAGGACCAUCUGGUACGAGCUGAGCAACAUCACAAGAUUGUGCACUCCGGACAAUAGUUUCUACCAGUUUGGGAUUUACGCGGAGGCCUUCAACUAUAAGCUCACGACGUCGGCCUUCACGCAGAAGUACUUCUACUGCUUCUGGUGGGGACUCAAGAACCUCAGUUGCCUAGGGCAGAAUCUGGCGACGAGCUUGUACAUUGGAGAGAUAAGCUUUGCAAUCGUCAUUGGCGUCCUUGGGCUGGUGUUGUUUGCUCUGCUCAUUGGCAACAUGCAAUCUUAUCUCCAAGCGACCAUGAUCCGACUGGAGGAGUGGCGGACGAAGCGGACGGACAUGGAGCGGUGGAUGCACCACCGGCAGAUACCCCAGCCGCUGAAGCAGUGCGUGAGGAGGUACCAGCAGUACAAAUGGGUGGCCACCCGCGGCGUGGACGAGGAGGCCUUGCUCAAGGACCUCCCCAUGGACAUCCGCCGCGACAUCAAGCGCCACCUCUGCCUGGACCUCGUCCGGCGAGUGCCUCUGUUCGACGAGAUGGACGAGCGGACGCUGGAGGCCAUCUGCGAGCGGCUGCGGCCGGCGCUGUACACCCGUGGCACGCGGCUGGUGCGCGAGCUGGACCCCGUGGACUCCAUGCUCUUCAUCAUCCGAGGGUACCUCGACUCCUACACGACGCAGGGGGGGAGGUCCGGGUUCUUCAACUCGUGCCGCAUCGGGGCAGGGGAGUUCUGCGGGGAGGAGCUCCUGACGUGGGCGCUGGACCCGCGCCCUUCCGAGUACCUGCCGCGGUCCACGCGCACCGUGCGGGCCGUCUCCGAGGUCGAGGCGUUCGCGCUCGUCGCGGAGGACCUCCGGUUCGUGGCGUCGCAGUUCCGGCGCCUGCACAGCGCGCGGAUCCGGCACAGGUUCCGGUUCUGCUCGCACCAGUGGCGGACGUGGGCGGCGUGCUUCAUCCAGGCCGCAUGGCGCCGGCACAAGCGACGCCGCGCGUCCAUGGAGCAUAGGAUGCCCCAGGCAGGCGACGGGCGGGCGGGCGGGAGCGUGAGGUGCCGCCGGCACAGCUGCGACGGCAAGGCGCUCAAGAAGCCCAUGGAGCCGGAUUUUACGGUGGAACAAGAGAUCUAAAUUGUAGGACCGCCUAUUCUUGAGGAGAUAGCUGAAAACAUUUUCUGUUUCGGUCGAUUGUAUAGGAACCGCUGGAUAGGAAACGGACGGACAGAUCUUUUCUUCUACCUCCAAACGUUGACUUGUCAAUCCUGUUGCAAACUGCCGCAUUGCAUCCGGCGCACGAAUCUGGUGUCCUUA